AGCUUUUGUUCAUUUCUGUAAAAAGAACAGGGCUAAAGAAACAACUACUGAAAAUGAAAAGAAAGAGGGGAACGAGGAGACACAAAUAUAGAAAGAGAUAGAUAAAAAAACUCAAUGAACCAAAAACAAUCUGAAACAGUCAUAUGUUUAAGUUGGAUGCUGGAUCUGGUGCCUGUUGUUGGCCACAGAGAUUUCUGUCCCUCUCCAUUGAGGACCCAGAAGGAUUCGUAUUCCUCUGAAACAGGAGAAAAGACAUUCAGAUGAAGACACCACGGACAAAGGGACAGGCCACAAAGAGUGAAUUGGGGCUGGUCUUGUGCUUCCACAUCCUCCUUUUGGGUCUCCUGGCCACCAGCAUUUUUCUGAACGGUAUAGAGGCAGCUGGUUGCCCCAGUGGCUGGUUGAGGAUUCAGGAGUACUGCUAUGGCCUCUUCUCCGUAAGAAUGUCAUGGGAAGAAGCAGAGACUGCCUGCCAAUCGUUCAAACAAAACUGCCAUCUUGCCUCCAUCAUCUCUGAGCAAGAGGGGAACAUUAUAAGCCGAUUCAUUCUUACCCAGCACAACCCAAAGGAAGGUGUUUGGAUUGGAUUGUAUGACUCCACAGAGGUUGGACAGUGGAGGUGGUCAGAUAUGUCAAUGAUAGACUACAUGCCUUGGGCCCCUGGCCGACCCGGGAUGAACCGUACAACGGGUGCCUGUGUUCACUUGGCAGCCAAAUAUGGUGAGGAGGAGCUCAGAUGGUUUGGGCUGGAAAUAUACAUAGGGAUGAUAGGUAGCAAUCUUUAUCUUCCAUUCUUUGCCCCUCCAAAGAUGGGACUUAAACCAUUUACAAGACAAAAGGAAUUACAGGUAGGAACAAACAUUGCCGAAAACAUGGAACAUGUUACUAAAGUAGGGAAGUGACGUAAUAAAACAAGAAUGUUGAGCAUGAAAGGGGGAAAGACAAUAAGAUACUAUAUACUAGUAGAAACCAAUUGCAGAUAUACAAUAAGAUCAAUUUAAAUUAAAAGGGGAAAACUGGUUGUGAUAGUGAGGCGAUGAAUAAAAUAUGAAAUUUCAAGACCUAAA